CCCAAUUCCUUCAACCCCCACCCCUUGACUAUCUCAUCUCCACCGUCCCCUCGAGCCCACACCCUACCCCUACCCCCUCUCCCACUUCUAUUUCUUUGUUAAAUAGUAUAUAAAUAUUUUUGAGUUAAUAUCUUUUUACUUACUUAUUAAAUAAGUAAUAAAAAAUAAGUAACAAAGGCAAUAUUCAAUACCAAACACACCCCCUUAGUUUGAUAGAAUCGAUCAAUUUAAACGUGAUGCUGAAUGCAUGCACGAGGGUUCGAUUCCCCUAAGACGUAGAGGAACAAUAGAAAGUUAAACACGCUUCAUAGAGCUAAACCAAAGAGAAAAAUCUAAAUCGACUUAUUUUGCUGUAAGAGCCAAGGAGAGGGGAAAACAGAUGCCGGAGAAGAAUGAUACGAUCGGAAAAGGCAACAGUUGCUGCGUCGACGGCAACAGCAAAACCGUAAAUCCAAUCAAAGAGGCCGGUGCCGGUGCCCGAGGAACUGGCUCCGGCGAAGGCGUAUCUUCAUCGGCGACAUCAUCAUCAUCGAAGAAUCAAGGAAAAUCAUGCAAAGGAUGUCUGUAUUACUCGUCUACUUUCAAAUCCAAUUCUCGCAAUCCUCUCUGUCUCGGCCUUAGUCGUUCCCUUCCUCAAGUACCUCGAUAUAUUGUUGGGGAAUCUGAGAAGGAAGCUUCUAAGGAAGGCCGGAGCCUUACAGAUUUUAGAUAUGCUUGUGUCGGUUAUUCUGUUUACUUAGAUCAGAAAUCUCGAUCAACGGAUGCACAAGAGGCACAAACGGAAUUGCCUGUCUGUGUUGGUCUUGAGGUUUUGGUGGAUAAAAGACCCAGUUCAGCUGAUGCAGCUCCUGGCCAUGCUCAUGCUCAUGCCCGUAACAGAGAAGAUGGACAUGGACUUCCACAGCCUCGAUCAAAUAAACCAGCUAACUCAGGCGGUGAUGAGUUCUUUACCAGGUUCACAAGGAAUGCUAAUUUGGUUGCAAUGGGGGUUGCCAAGAACGUGCGGAAAGUGGGAAACCGUAUAAAAGAAAGUGUUGAUGACAUCUUUGAUCGACGCCCAAAAUAGGAUUCUAAUCCUGAAAUAGAGAAAAAGCAUUGAGCUGAAGGUUGCUUCACCAAAUAAUAUCUUCUUUUGUUUUAUUCGUCUUCGAAUAGGUUAAAUGAAAACCUUGUAAUGUGUAUUUUGAGAUUCAUUUUGGUUAAAUCCAUAAUUUAGAUAUGCCAUUUGUAGUUGACAUGCAGAAUUAGCUCUGACCAGGAGUGAGUUCUGUAAUCUUUUGUAUAAACUGGUUAUGUUGUUGGUUGAGGAAAUGCAGAGGAAUUCAUUUA